AUGCAGUACGCCUCCCCCUCGGUCUCAACGCACAACUCGUGCUCCCCGAACUCCGAGAUCGGCGAGAGCAAGACGAACCUCAUCAUCAACUACCUUCCCCAGAAUAUGAGCCAAGAAGAGGUGCGAUCGCUGUUCACCUCGGUCGGCGAGAUCGAGUCGUGCAAACUGGUGCGCGACAAAAUGUCUGGCCAAAGUCUCGGUUAUGGUUUUGUUAACUACGUGCGAGAGGAGGACGCGACCAAGGCGAUGGCCUCGUUCAACGGGCUGAGGUUGCAGAAUAAGACGAUCAAGGUCUCCUACGCACGACCCUCGAACGAGUCGAUCAAAGGCGCCAAUCUGUACGUAUCCGGCAUCCCGAAGUCGAUGACCCAAAAGGAGAUGGAGGGCAUCUUCCGGCCGUUCGGACAAAUUAUCACCUCUAGGAUCUUGUCGGAUAAUAUUACUGGCUUAUCAAAGGGUGUCGGAUUUGUGCGGUUCGACAAGAAAAAUGAGGCCGAUGUGGCGAUCCAGACCCUCCACGGCACGAUCCCGCCCAACUGCACCGAGCAGAUCACCGUCAAAUUCGCCAACAACCCCGCGACGAACUCGCAUAAAAAUGCAUUGGCCGAUGCGGCGGUAGCUCAAGUCGCUUCGAAUCUCAUCCCGAUGGCGUUGCUGAACCAGGCCGUAGCGCCGAGGAGGGUGGCCGCCCCUGGACCUAUCCACCACACGCCCAUCAACGGAAAGUUUAGAUAUUCCCCAAUGGCCGGCUUGGCUCCAGCAGCAGCCCCCGUCCAAGACAUCUUCACCGCUAACGCCCUCAUGCAAUUGGCCGCCGUCUCUUUCCCCCAAAUGACGGCCGCCGGCUUCCCCGGACUUACCGCACCACUCGGAGCGCCAGCCGUAGACCUGACGUCUAGUCAAUCCGGCUUCUGCCUGUUCGUCUACAACCUCGGCCCGGAUGUGGAAGACUCGGUUCUUUGGCAGCUGUUUGGACCGUUCGGUGCCGUGGCCAGUGUCAAGAUAAUCCGCGACUUUGCCACCGGCAAGUGCAAGGGGUACGGGUUCGUGACGAUGGUCGGCUACGAGGAGGCCAUCAACGCGAUAGCCGCCUUGAAUGGGACGACAUUACAAGGCAGAACACUGCAGGUCAGCCUGGCACCCGCCCUGCCUGGCCUCAUG